AUGUCAUCUAAAUCAGAAUUGCUGGUCUACGGAGCGUACGGCUAUACGGGCAAGCUUAUUUGCGAGCGUUUGACAGAAAUCGGCCAAGCAUACAUUGCUGGUGGUCGUAACGAGGAAAAAAGCAAGGAAAUCGCCGAGCAGUUCGGCGUUCCGUUCAAGGUCUUUUCUCUUGACAACCCUGCCGAUGCCGAAAAAGCCCUGGAAAACGUUUCGGUAGUUUUGCAUUGUGCCGGGCCUUAUUCGGUGACAUCAAGACCCAUGGUUGAUGUCUGCAUCAAGACGAGAACUCACUAUCUCGACAUCACGGGCGAAUACACCGUGAUUGAAGCAGUGGCUUCACGGGAUGCAGAGAUCAGGGCGGCUGGCAUCUUGGCUAUGCCGAGUGUGGGGAUGGACGUGGUGCCCUCCGAUUGUAUCUCGGCAUAUGUUGCCAACAAGCUGCCAUCUGCAACUCAAUUGAAAUUGUACAUCAGCUUCAAGGGUGGACUUUCUGCAGGUACUGCCAAGACCAUGGUCGAGAUGAUUGGCGGUGGAAGCAAGAUCCGCAAAGACGGCAAGAUUGUCAGCGUUCCGUUUGGUGCACUCGUCGAGGAUGUCAAGUACCCUAACGAUGAGGAAUACACCAUGAUCAACUUUCCGUGGGGAGACGUAUCUUCUGCCUACCACACGACCAAGAUCAACAACGUCACGGUAUUCAUGGCCAGUAUGUCACCCCAGGCUGCCCGUAUCGGCUCUUACAUUUCACCUGUGUUCAACAUUGGGCCUGUGCGAUGGGCGCUACAAAGCCUCAUUGGGCGGUUUGUGAAAGGGGACGGUGUCGAGGAGCGCAAGUCUGGAUCAGCACAGUUUCUGGCGGUUGCCUCUGACGGCACGCAAGAAGCCCGGGCUUACUUGAAGACGAUCAGUGGCUACAGCCUGACUGCGAUUUCGUCCGUAAUCAUCGCCCAGCGGGCUCUUAAAGGAGACUUCAAGCCCGGCUUCCACACCCCUGCUGGCUUGUACGGUGCCGAUCUCGUUCUAGAGAUUCCCGGAACUGAGCGCAAGGAUCUAUAA